AUGCAAGAUUCUGUUGAGUUGUGCAUUCAUACUGUACAAUAUGUUGGUUUUACAACAGCUCAAAUCACCAACUCAAUUCUUCUUUAUCUAAUAUUCACGGCAACUACAAAACUUCUCGGAAGUUUUCGUCAUGUUAUGGCAGUUUUUGCAGCGUACUCUCUGGUUUAUACAUGGAUUGAAAUUCUUACACAACCAAUUGUUCAGACAUAUGGAUCUAUGGUUAUUCUGAUGGUAGAUAGCCCCAUAAAACAUGAAACAUGGAUUGGGAAUGACGUUGCAUGUCUCUUUUGUGCUUCAUUUGCUCUGAUCAUUUCCUUGUUGGCCGCCCAAUUUUAUUAUAAAUUUCUAGCGAUUUGCAAGCCAACAUUAUUGUCAAAUUUGAAAGGUUUCAUGUUGACAUUAAUAUUUAUUCCUUGUUUAAUUUGUUUCUUUGCUUGGUUUGGACUUGCUGAAUUCGGAAUGUAAAACACUACUGAGAAACAGGAAUAUAUGAGAUCAGUAAUGCUGGGAAACUAUGAUAUUGAUUUGAGAAACACUACAUUCAUGGGCCCAUUAUAUUUUACAAUCGGACCAGAUGGAGAAAGACAGUGGAAAUUUCCAGAUAUUAUCAGUUAUUUGGGAUGUUCCUUCAUUAGUGGAAUAUGCUUCAUAACAAUCACUAUUUGUGCUCUAAAAAUGCGAACUAAAUUGAACAAUUCUCGAUCUUCAAUGAGUGCCAAGACAAGGUCACUAAACAGGCAAUUAUUCAGGACUCUCUUAAUUCAAACAAUAUUUCCAGCAGUAUUAAUGUAUAUACCUGUAAGCAAGGUCAUGACCGUUCCUUUCUUCGAAAUUGGAAUUGGAAAGUUUUCGAAUUUCGGCGGAGUAUUGGUUGCAAUAUAUCCUGCAAUUGAGCCAUGUAUUGCUAUUCUUUGUAUCAAAGAUUUUCGAAUGACCAUACUUUGUAAAUCUCGUAGCUCUAGAAUGCUUGUGAAAUCAACUUCAUCUCGCAACUAA